UCGACAUCGCAUCCCGGUUUCGCAGAGGCGCAUCGGAAUCUUGCUCUCUGGAGAUCGUUUGUCCGGUCCUCAUUACUCCCGCCAAGAUGGCAGAGAACGGGAGCGCUGGUAAGGGCUCUGCCCUGGCCAACGGGACGAGGGCUGCGCGGAGACAUCCGGAGCAGCAAUAUCUGGACAUCAUUCGUCUCAUAAUGAAAGAUGGUCGGCGAAAGGACGAUAGGACUGGCGUUGGAACCUUGAGUGUUUUCGGGACUCAAAGCCGGUACUGUCUCCGCGGCAACAUCAUUCCCCUCCUGACGACGAAGAGAGUAUUCUGGAGAGGGGUUCUGGAAGAGCUACUCUGGUUUCUGAGGGGCUCCACCAAUGCGAAGGAGUUAUCAGCGAAAAAUGUCACGAUCUGGGACGCUAAUGGCUCUCGAGCGUUUCUGGACAAACUGGGUUUCUCGGCUCGCGAGGAAGGUGAUCUCGGGCCUGUUUACGGCUUCCAAUGGCGGCAUUUCGGAGCCACUUACAUUGACAUGCACACCGAUUACACGGGUCAAGGCACCGACCAAGUCAGCCAGUUGAUUGAAGCUAUACGGAAAGAUCCCAAUGACCGACGCUUGAUCCUCUCUGCUUGGAAUGUCAAAGACCUCCCGAGCAUGGCACUACCUCCUUGCCACUGUCUUGCACAGUUUUACGUCGCUGACGGGGAACUAUCGUGCCAGCUGUAUCAACGGAGCGCCGACAUUGGUCUAGGAGUUCCAUUCAACAUAGCAUCGUAUGCUCUACUCACCCACAUCAUCGCCCACUAUACGGAUCUGAAAACGGGAGAGUUCAUCCACACAACCGGAGAUACCCACAUCUAUCUGAACCAUGUGGAACCCCUGAGCAAGCAGAUCGAACGAGAGCCGAAGGAUUUUCCCACCCUCGAAAUAAUCGCUGAUAAAACUAUUCCAUUCUGGGCGUUGAAGGCAGAAGAUUUCAAGCUCAAUGAUUACAGUCCCCACCCCAGCAUCAAGAUGGAAAUGGCGGUAUGAUUCAGCGACCGGUCUUCGCGGUAGUCCUCGAUCACGACGAGUAUUCUGUCUAGCGACAAGAGCUUCAUUUCGACAGAGUGCUCCGAUAUCGCUCCAUCGAGU